AUGCGUACCUUUGUGUCGGGUCUACUCAGUAGUGAUCGUGCCAAACGAGUCAGCUCCGCAUAUGCGAAGGCGAAGAAAUGCAAAGUAUGCUACUACAAUGAGUGGCCUACUAUUUCGGGCGCAGUCACUGUUGGCGUUCUGAUAACGUCUGCUGACAAGGGAUGUGCCGGCUGCUUGAUACUUUGUGGGAUUGUACACCAAUGUGCCUUGGUUUCCAAAAGCUCCAGCCGACCAUUCGAGCUCGGCCUGAAUCAAAGGGUAUCAUGGAGAGUGGAACAGUCACGACUUGUCUUGGAAUGCUACCCAGAUGCGUCAUGGGAGGUGUUUGAUCCACAGGGUCACGACAAUCCGUGGCGAAUCCAACGUCUUUCCCACGAAGCCGUUUCAGACUCCGGUUCUGAUGAAGCUAUCCAACGAGUCUCCUCGUGGUUGCGAGAAUGCGAUCACGGUCAUGAGUUGUGCAAGGGUGCUAAAUCGAGCCUGCCAACCCGCGUCGUUCUGAUCCAAGAUCCAAAGAACAUCAAGCUGUACGAGACCCGCGGCGAAGUCAAGCCCUAUGUUUGUCUCAGCCACUGCUGGGGAAAAGAGACAAUUAGGACGACUACGACGGCCACCUUGACCGAACACAAGCGAAGAAUCCCUUCGGAGAAACUUCCUCAAACCUUCCAGGAUGCUAUCUCCUUUGCCUACCGAUUGGGAUACAAGUAUAUGUGGAUCGACAGUCUUUGUAUCAUACAAGACAGUCGCGGGGACUGGCAAAAGGAAGGUAGCAGAAUGGCGCAGAUAUAUUCCGGUGCCGAGUUUACCAUUGCUGCCACCGACGCAAAUGUUCCAUCGCAAGGCUGUUUCCGCAAACACCCAGAACGACCUAUCAGCAAGACUUCGUAUCCAGCCAUGAACGGCUCCAUGUUGGACGUUUGCGUUCGACCCAGCAUAAACCAUUAUGCAUGGAGAUAUAGCGAGUAUCCACUACUGCGCCGUGGCUGGACGCUACAAGAAUGCCUACUUUCACGCAGAGUGAUACACUUUACGGCCGAAGAGAUGUUUUGGGCAUGUAGGACAGAGAACAAAUGCGAGUGCUCGUUCUGGUCGGACUCGGGAAAAGUGCCUUUCGGAAGUUUCCGCAGCCCCAAAUACCUCAACACGAUACAUCACGCUAACCCGGAGGAGUGCACGGCUCUGUGGCAUGGUGUUGUCACUGAAUACACCAAUUCGGACUUGUCAUACGAAACGGACUGCUUCCCAGCUUUGCAAGGAGUCAGCAAAGAGUUUUCUGCGAUGAAGAGGUCGGCAUACAUGGCUGGAUUAUGGGAGAGCAGUAUCAUGUACGACCUAUUGUGGUAUUCUGACCACAAGGACAAAUCAUCUAAACCAACGGCAUGGCGUGCACCGUCAUGGUCAUGGGGGUCUGUCGUUGGGCGAGUCGUGUGGCAAAAAUGGGUUCCACACUCUACACCUUUGCCGAUUUAUGUCGGAAAAGAAAUCACCCCUGUAAGAGGAGGAGACGAAUAUGGGGAGCUUCUAUCCGCAAAGAUUACCCUGCGAUGUCGCUGUUUGCUCGCGGAUGUGGAAGGCACGUACCAGCCCUUUGCUGCACCGAACGAAGCCAUCAAGUACCCAGAUCAUCGCGCUUGGAGGAAGUGUCCGCGCAGAAUUUACCUCGAUCAUCCACCGGAAUCGGUACAUCCGGACAGCAACAGGCCGGUCACGCCUAUUGGGCAGGUCAAAACCCUGCCCGUGGGCGUAUUCCAAGCAGGUCAGAGAUAUCUCUUUGCCAUGUUGAUUUUGCAGAACAUAAACAAGGCAGCUGGUACGUACAAGCGGAUUGGUUACAUGGAACUCGAGACACGUAAGGGUCUUGAAUUGUCCAGUCUUCCGCUGGGUAACGUGGAGGAUUUGCACAUUGUCUAG